GGCCCCGCCCGUUCCGCGGCCAUGGAGCGGCGCUUCCGGCGGGCGCGGAGCGAGGGACGGCCCGGCCGGAGCCGCGUGUGAGCAGCGCCGAGGCUCUGGGUGCCCGCCCGCCGGCCCCGGCCUCCCCGCCCGGCGCCCCCCGCCCGCAGGAUGUUCAAGAAAUUUGAUGAAAAGGAGAAUGUAUCAAACUGUAUCCAGCUGAAGACUUCAGUUAUUAAAGGUAUCAAGAAUCAACUGAUUGACCAAUUUCCUGUUAUUGAACCAUGGCUAAACCAAAUCAUGCCAAAGAAAGAUCCAGUCAAAAUAGUGAGAUGUCAUGAACACAUAGAAAUCCUCACUGUGAAUGGGGAGUUACUGUUCUUCAGGCAAAGAGAAGGGAUUUUUUACCCGACGCUGAGGUUGCUUCACAAAUACCCAUUUAUUCUCCCGCAUCAGCAGGUUGAUAAAGGCGCCAUUAAAUUUGUCCUGAGUGGAGCUAAUAUAAUGUGCCCUGGCCUGACGUCUCCUGGAGCAAAGCUUUAUCCUGCUGCUGUUGACACUGUUGUUGCAAUAAUGGCAGAGGGAAAACAACAUGCGUUGUGUGUGGGAGUAAUGAAGAUGUCAGCUGAGGACAUUGAGAAGGUCAACAAAGGGAUUGGUAUUGAAAAUAUCCAUUAUUUAAAUGAUGGCCUUUGGCAUAUGAAGACAUACAAGUGAAACAACAGGAACUGUUACUCCAAAGGAAUGCACUUAGAUUAAAUGUGGACUGCUUUGUAAUUCCUUGUUUUUAAUGUGACUGAAUGUACAAAUUAUUUUGUUCUGUGGCUAUGCUAAAUAAAUCAAAUACAAAAGUUCUGUUAGGCUACAA